AGUGUGACGAAAGAGACAGCUAUAGAAAAGUAGGAAGACGUCUAGUGGAAGGACGUGUGAUCAUUCAGAAUUAUGUGAAGUUUAAAGUCGUGAACAUAAUCUUUGUUCCGCCUAAUAUACGGACGGCUUCGAACGGGAUUGUAUACGUGAAAGUGUUACGAUCGGGAGCACGUUGCACUGUGUUGUUGUGAAGGGACUGGUUAUCGUAUAGGUUAUAAUAAUAGAUAGGCAUGUAAAAUGUCAUAGAUGUAACAUUUGUAAAAGAAGAGUGGCUAAUAAAUUAUUCUCCUGUUAUAUCCAAUAAAUGUACGUAUGCCUCGUAUGAGUCGCAUUUUAUGAUUCUUUCGAUUGCUCGGAAAGCUCGUUUCCUAAAAUGUUACGAAGUUUCUUCAUGCUAAUUAACGAACACGUAUGUUAGCACCUUGUAGCCGUAGCUAAUCAGGUAGAGAAUUGUUUAAUUUCGCUCUCAUUUAGUAUUGUCCUUGCUAAUAUUAUAUUUUCAAAAGACCGACGAACAACACGAUUUGUUGGUAAAAGCGCGAAUUUAGAACAUUCAAUUUUCCACAAACACAUUGUGCCCUCUACCGCUAUAAGCGAGCAUUGUAACGGGGACGUUUGAAAAUAUCCGCGGGAAAUGUUCAUUUUAAUUUACCUCGACGUUUGUUCGCCUGUAUGAGCAACGAGAGACUGCACCGAUAUUAUAAUUCAGUGUGAUGUGAAUUUACCUGUGACAUAGAAUCGAUGCAAAAUUAAAGAAUGCGGAUGUACGAGCGGAAAGGAUUAAUCGAAGACGGAAAUAAAAACCGGCCGGAGACAAUUAGAAUAAGCUUCCAUGUGUAACCGUCGACGGUGGAGGCGGGGUUCGCAACGAAGAUAAGAUCUUUGCGAACGGUGCAACUCUUUAAUUGCAGAAGUUAAUUACUGCGCGCCACACAUACAUACACACACAGAGAGCGAAAUAACGAUGACGACUUUAGACCAGCAGACCGACAAAACCCUAUGCCAUCUGGACAAGGUGCCAGGCACGGAAUUCGGCGAGAUCUCGUCCGAUUGCGGGUUUCACGAUGCCAUCAGUCUGCUCGAGACCCAAGUGGCCGGACAUCCGUCCAACGACAAACGACGCACUAUUGGUAUGUUACGUAGACCGGAUGGUCGGGUGCUAAAACCAGUUGUCAAACCAUUACUUGGUAAAAGGGAGAUCGCAUUCUAUGAGAGCUUAGAGGAAUCAGAAGAUCCUGUUAUGUUGCAGUUGAAGAAUUAUGUGCCAAAAUAUUACGGCACGACAGAGUUACAAAUAUUUGGCAAACGAGUAACAUUCCUUACGCUGAAAGAUAUUAUUGACGGUAUGGCGGAACCGUGCGUGAUGGAUAUAAAGAUAGGUAAACGAACCUGGGAUCCUUUGGCCACGCCGCAAAAAAGGGCCACCGAAGAAUUAAAGUACGCCGAAUCCAAACGCACUUACGGAUUUUGUAUAACUGGAUUUCAAGUUUAUUGCCUACCAUCUGGAUUGAUUAAGAAGUUCGGCAAACAUUAUGGCAAAACCCUUGACGCCAAGGGUGUUGUGGAAGCGCUGAAAAUGUUCCUGAACAUAAGUCCAGACAGGCCGCCCUGCCGUCAGUUGAUCGUGCAGCUACUCUCUUUCCUGUGGAAGAUCAUGCUGUUCUUUCGUACCCAGCGGCUGUUCCGCUUUUAUUCCAGCUCGCUGUUGGUGGCCUACGACGCGAAAAGGCUGCGGCACUACCUGCACCUGAACAACGCGGACAAAGACAGGGCCGCCGGUCACGUAGCCAAUUCGUUCGCCGGCGCGAGCAAUCACGCGCCGGCCGCCGCGACGAAUGUGUUCAAAGAGGCCAGCGAAGAUGGCACCUGCAACUCGGCGACGGCGAGCUCCGUCGGGACGGCCGACGGUGGCCACGCCGCGGAGAGGGUGCACUACAUAAAGCGCAGCAUCAGCCUAAGCAGCGAGUGCGAAUUGACCGGCAAGGGAGUAGCGAUGAACAGGAGCGAGUCCUGCAGCUCGGACUUCAGGGCGGACCGGCUGUGUCGCACCCACUCCUACGGGAACAAUUUCGACGACGACGUUGCCCAGAUGAAGGAGGACUACGACGCCCUGUUGAGCGAGCUGAGCAGCUCAUCCGACGAGAAGCUGAACUGGGUCAGAGUGAACAUGAUCGACUUCACGCACGUCUUCCCCACCGAGGACCGGAACACGUUGGAUGUAAAUUAUUUGGAGGGGAUCGAGAACCUGAUCAAACUCGUGGAGAUGUUCUUGGUCCCGAAGGACAAGGACGCAUAAUUUUAUUCAGCGUAACGUAGAGGUUGAUGUUACAAGUUUCUUUUUUUUCUUCUUAUUUUUUCCCUUUUCUUUUUUCUCCUUCUUCUUCUUCUUCUACUUCUUCUUCUUCUUCUUCGUAUUCUUUCGAAUCGCGUGACAGGAUAAGAGCGUUAAAUUGUAUUUUAUAUUCCGCAAUGAAAUUAGAUUGUUUAACGUUAGUGCCAGUUAGAGUCGCGAACGGGUGCUUGUAACUCGUGUUAAUUGUACAACGGUCGGCUGGCGCGAGGAACCACCCGGGGAAUCGGAAACUUUCAAUGGACGCGUCGCCGGAGAGCCGUUCGAUGGGUAAAUUGUUUGCCGUCGUUUACCAUUCGUCGGUAUCUCGCGGACGAUCUCCGGUAUUCGGGAUUAACACGACGAGGAAGAACCUACGAGCUAAGUGUUAAUUGUUUCGCACCAGAUGCAACACGUCUGUGUAACAUUCACGUUCCUUCGAUGUACCUCAUUUUGUCGCAAUUCCUGCACUAUUAACGUCUACGCGCACCGGUUUUUAUUCGGGCGAGCAUUAACACACGUAUGUACAUGUUUCGUAUGUACCCCAUGAACUGUUGUAGAUCAUCGAUUUUCUCCGUACCGUUCACUAUGUUACUUCCGCGCAAGUAAGGUUUUAUCAUCGCAUAUACCAAACAUGAAAAUUGUUAUGUUAAUAUAAUGCAAGAAAAUAAAAGAGUUAUGUAAAAAUGGAGGUCUUCAUUGACGCCCCUCGCGAAACGAGCGUGUGCAAUUCUCGUUUCAUUUGUGCGCGAUUUUAUCGAUUCUAUAGUGUAAUGAAGUUGCGUGGAAUAGAAUCACAGUGAUAUCGAAUUAAUGAUAGCAAAUUGAUUUAAUGCAUCUGGAAAACGUUACUUACGUCUCGAAUAUAUUAAAAACUCUACUGAUCGUACAUUUAAUUACGAAGCAUAAUAUUUAAUGAUUCGUUUACAUUUAAUCUGAUUUAUCUAUUAGCUCGAGUAACAAUUUACAUACUAAGUAUCGAUACUUCUGUCUAAAUAAAAUAUUUAUUUGUUACACUACUCAUUUUCUUCUCGUAUUAUCGAAGAAUUCGAACAGGCACACGUUCGAAAUUCUCGAAUCAAUGAAUUUCCGGUAUCGAACUUCGUAUAUAUCGAAAGAAGAUGAGUUCCGGUAAAUGACAGUUUUAUCAAAAAUCCGUCAAAAUGUCUUGCGAUUGUUUCCAAUUUCCGCGUACCCAGCCGGUUUAAAUUACUCCGUUCGAAUAUUUCAUUAAGACGAAUUUCGUUACUUUCGCAUGGGAGUCACGUACUUUUCGGUUAUCCCAGGAUUUCGGGCGCGCUUGAUAUAUCGUGUGAACAAAGAAGCCCCGCGGCUGUACAGCUAUCUAACUUAAUUACCACGGCCACGAUUAAUGACGCGGGGUUCUGUUAAUCAACCCACAGACGCGACCGCGAGGGUUAACAUUGGAUUACGCGUUCUGAAUAGCGCGAAAGCACGUGAUAUCAGCUCCGCCAGUGACACGACGAUACUUUCACUCGUUAUAGAGCCCUGCCCACCGGCAAAUUUCGUUGAAUUAUCGGUUUCAACGUAAUCAAAGUUUUAGUUUCGUCCGAGUUAAAGAUACCUCCGAUAAACUAGUUUAAAAGUUUCGCGAAUUAAAGUGUCUCGAGUAUAUAAUGAGCGAACAUAUUUAUUGAGUUCCAUCGACAGGUGCUCGUCGACAGAUCCGACAUAAAAGUGAUAAUGCGAAAUGACAUCUCGUAAAUUGACCGCGUUAAUUAAGAAAUUUCUUCGGUGGAAACUGAUAUGUCCAUAUUGACGUUUUAUGUUCGCGGACGAUCUCGAUGCAUACUUCGAGAAUAUAUAUGUGCUAAUGUGUGUUCGUAAAUUAAUGUGUCUCGCUCAGAAUAUUGUAGCUGUAAUGGUAUUCGCUUUGAAAUUUUUCUCGAAUUCGUAUUGUUUAUCGCAUUUUUUUGUUAGAUCUUUAUGCGCAAUCUGUAAUGCACGCAGAAGGAACUCGAAACGGAGGAAACGAAUACGGCGAAAUGAAAAUCUUCUCGUCGUACGUUCGUGCGUUUGGUGAAUUUAUUAUUAAUUAAGAUUGUAAGGGGAAGUAUUAUAUGAAGGAUUACGGGAAUGAAAAUUUCCGAGGAAAGCGAGCACGACGUCGGGGACGAAGUUUAAUUAGCGCGUAUUUGUAUUAACGGCUGUAGGAAUAUUAAUGGAACAAGUUGGACUUCUUAAUGCAGCUCGAUAUGUUUUUUCUGCGGCAAGUCAAUGGACCAUUUCGAGGGCAGCUAUCGACGUCUGAUCAAAACGAUCAGCCUUGCAAUUACGUUGCCGAGAUUUCUCAAGACUUGCGCGCACGCGUUGCCUAAGAAAUCUGCAGCUAAUUUAAUAAACGGUCUAUUUAAGGACUACUUAAUACCAUAUUGAUACAGUAUUAGAAUCUUUUUGCAAAGUAAAUGAAACAUGCACUUUUAUAAUUGUUCUACUAUCUAUAAUGCAAAUGCGACCUUCCGAAGAAUAUUUUUCGAAAUUUCAAAUAAAGCUUGGUUCACUUUUCAAUUAUUUCUAAGAAAUUAUAAAUAAAAGCUUGAAAAAAGCAUGAUAUUAAAACAAAUAAUAAUGAAUAAUGAUAGUGCUAAAUGCUAAAACCUGCCGAAAAUAAUAUUAAAAGUAACGAAAUGCAUUUGGCAACGAAGAGAUCGAUGAAAACUGCGAGCCGGAAAAAGGAAACAUUGAAAAGGCACUAUCAGCAUCUAAAUAUACAUGCUCUAUAUUUCCCUGGCCAUUCGUCAUUGACCUCUUUUCGUCUCGUGUGUCGUUGUGCCAGCUUUCUUAUUGCUGUAUGUACAAGUUUUUCGCUAAUGCUCCGCGCCACGUUAUGUAUCUACAUAUUCAGUCGACAUUUGCACUGCGCCGCGGUGAAAGUCUGUGUGAAACAAAAAACAAGCAGUAAUCACACCAUACAAGGACGAAACUACAAGGCACACGAUGGAAAACAUCUGCUUGGAACUUCGGUUCAACGCUUUGAAAAUAAGCAGCAGAUAUCACGUAACUUUGCAAAUAGAACUUUUUGCUAGAAAGUUUCUUGCUAAAGAUUUACGAAAGUUGUCGCAUAUGCGUGCAAAAUGCGAAGAGAUUGAUGACCAUGUGAAAAUACAGGCUGCAGGUCUAGACUAUGGCUCUUCGGAAAGAAAACUGGGAUUCAUUCAACCUGGGAAACCUCUAAGGCGCCGGUGAGCCGGUAGCUUAGCACUGUUGGGAUUCUAGGGUGAAGGUCUCAUCAGGACAAAGCCUUCAGCUAGGCAGUCGAUGGGACAAAGAGACUGCUGAUGGUCAAGAUCAAGUCUAGACCACGAUACCCAAGUGUCACGGAGAGGAACGUGAGGAUUUUUCUGUGGAACUGCCGGGGACACGAAGAUUUAAUUGGAAAAAUUGUAUUGACCGUAGAACACUUACAAGAACCAAUGGAAAUUAUUUUAUUACGGACGCUUUCGAAAGAAAUGAUCCCUCGUCGCCGAUAGUGAACAAUCAUAACGAUGACGGAAAGUCCGGUCAAUAAGGUGUAUUAUAAUCAAUGAUAAAUUGUUUCUUUAAUAUGAUAUACCUACUAGCAGUAAUAAAUAAAGGUAAAAUAAAGGUUGAAUCGGAUGCGUCAGCUACAUGAAAAUUUCGAGUACAUAUCGGAUACAACAUCGACCCCAGAUAAUACACGCAUACACAGUCCAGUUUUUAACACUUUGUUUAUUUACGUCCAUUUAUAUAUUUACAAACUCGAGAAAACGGAUCUGAUGUCUUCGACUGCGGAAUAGAAUACUUUCGAACUCGUUUUAGGAAAUUCGUUGCAACGAUCGUCGCGAAUGGGAUAAAACAAUUUUCCUGUGUGGCUUCUACAGAAAUCGGUUCUAUUGCUGCUCCACGAAAUUUCAGUUGGCAUCUCGGUGCGAACUUAUCGCUGCGAACUGAAAAAUCAGAGGGGGAACUGACGUUACGCGGUCGCAAGGGUAAUGAUUCGGGUUACUUGGAGAACGAAAAAUAUUUCCGUUGCGCGAAGGAUUAACUGCGAUCGCUUCACGCGUGAAUUUGAUAUCAGUGCGGACACGAUGGUCGAUGUUAACGUUGACUUUUUGCCGGGAAACAAAAAUUUCGUGUCGAUCAACGAUUCGUGAUGAGUACAGCGAAAAUAUAUCUUAUCAUCUUACAUUCAUUGUUGACUCGUUACAGAGAUUCACUUGAGAUAGGGUUACCACCUUUUUGAAAGAGUAAUCCAGAACACUUAAUAAGACAGUAACAACUAAUAUCAAUGUUUCAAAAAUUAAGAUUUCAUAUAUAUUUAAUUUUUCCUUUUGCUUCAACAAAUCAUGAAUGAGUAAUUUAUCUGGUUAUUAAAUUAAUGAUUUAUUUCUGUUUAUUAACCAAACAAUUUUCUCCUUGUUAUAACGAGUUCAAGAUCGAUAUAACAGUUUCAAGAUCUGGUAACCCUAACUUUACACUAGAAAAAUUCACUGAUAUUAACGUUAAACACUGAACAACAGUAAUCGUACAAUCCAAUAGACUAUUCUAAUUACGAAACAAGUAUAAUCGACGAAAGAAUUGUCUACAAUAAGAAAAACACGAUUACAUCCGCAACGUCCAUCAAAAACACGUUAACAACAUCCGUUGCUCGAACCUUCGCGCGACCAUAUUGCAGAAAGCAUAAGUCUCAACGCUAGAACUACCGCGUCCGACAAAAUGGCGGGUUUCGGUUUCCUCGUUUCGCAAUUAUUGAUAUCCUAAAAGCGGUAAAUAUCUGAAAUGAUUUUAAAAAUGAAUAGUUUCAUUUGCAUGCUACAAUGAAUACACGAAGAAACCGAAAAUGAUCUAUUGUUACAACUUUUAUAAGUAUUACGCGUUAACCUCUUCAGACCUGAUUUUUCUACAAAAUGAUGUUCACAUAUCUGACAAUGGACACUGUUCAAUACAUCAUUAGCAACGAUAUUAUUUCGAAUAAAAUAGUGGUAGUAUAUUACUUUUCUAAUACAAAUAAACUCAAAGCAAAGGUGUAUUUAUUGCACAAUUCACGCUAUUGUUCCUAGAAAGAUUGAUGAUCGCUGAGAUCUAGGAAAUUAGUUCACGUCAAUCAAAAUCGACCUAAACAUUCACCAAGUAAUGUUUAUAAAAUUCAAUAUGAGUCAAAAUGUCUCUCCAUAAAUCACAAAUGAAAUUAUUACAACAUUAACAAAUAAUUUGAUUUGGUAAUGCACAAAUUAAAAUACGAGCCAAUGGAGAUCUCAAUGAAGACACUCUUGUCAUCUCCGCAGAAGAAUAAAACGAAGUCGAUUCGAACUUCUAUCGAUUCUAUCGUUAAUAUUUUAUCAGAUAUCGAAGUAGCGAAACAGUUAACGGUUAUAACGUGCGCUGGGUCUGAAGGGGUUAAUCACAGAAACACCCGGUAGUUCCAGCGUGAACGGAUCGCGGCGCGGCACUAGUACAAAAGAAGAUACAAAGUGGUCUUGGGUUAAGGUAUUACGCGAUUACGAAGCGAGUUUCGAGUUCCAUUCUAAAACAAUUGGCACGAAAUCGGCGAACUAACAGCGAUGGACCGUCUGUCCCUUCACGUUCGCGUUUACGUCGCAGCGGUUCGUUACUUGCACGUGGCCUAGGCUAACUCCGCGACCUCACGCUUCCGGCACAAUUAUUUUAACAUUAGCGUGAUAAUUAUAAUUACGGGUUAAUCGGUUACCUCUCUCGGGCAAUGUUACUUUCUUCACUGUUUCACAGUUGUUAUGUUUCAUUUGUUCCUUCCUUUAGGUCGACGUUAUUUAUAUUUAUAUACGUAUAUUUAUAUAUACAUACAGUAGACUCCCGUGAAACGCGAAUUCCUGUCGCCGAAGAUUUUGCGACCACCAUUUUCCUAACGCCACUCCUUGAACAACGCGAUACGUAAAAAUAAGAUUGUAAGCACUACAUCGUUCCUUCGCUAUUAUUUACCGAUUUCUCCUGUCCCCUAAUUAUUUAUUUCUCGUGAAACAAAAUUAGUUGGCGUGGUAAUAACCAGUUAAUAACUGCGUUUGACGAGUAUCUAUUUUUCUAGAUAAAUAUGUAACUCUUGUUUCGCUUGCUAACUGCAUUCGUCCUGCGUUUGACGAGUGCACACCAUUUUCCAUUUUAUCGCGAGCAAAACGAGAGUUUUUUCAAACUAAAUUCCACAGUUAACAGACUAAUCGUUUGGAACACGUUAAUUUUUAUUGUUCCUAUUACACGAGAACAAUCUCAUGCAGCAUGACUUCCUUAUAACGUGAAAUUAUACAACACGUGACGCAUUAACCGAGCGAUACAAGAGUUUACUGUAUAUAUCUAUAUUUAUAUAUUUAUAUAUAUAUAUGUGUUUGUGUGUGUCUGUGUUUCAUCAUCUUUGUGUGUAUAAUAUAUAAAUACAGCACGCAUUCACUAUGUACAGGCUCCGUCAGUGCUUUCUGUUUCACUUUCAUUCUCACUCUUACUUUGUUCAUAUACAUUGUCCCCUGUUUCCUCCCUUCAGUUUCCUCUUCAUCGCGCUCAACGCAACGCUCGCGGAGAAAGUCCAGACCGCGCGUCUCGUUCCGCGGUUUAUUUGUCCGCGCGUAUAAAUGCUCGCGGGAGAAACAAGCUUCUGCCAAAUCCGUCGGGCGGAAGCUCCGUCGGCUACGAAACGGGGAAACUUUUCCCCGCUCGCAUUAUUCCCGAUACCGUCGAUUGUCUUCGAUGCGCUCGCGAGUUACACGGCGAUCACGCGUCGUUACGGGAGAAACGAACGGGAUAUUUCUGCUUUGUUCGGAUGAUCGGGAAACUUAGUUUUCGGCAUCGGAUCUUGAGAUAAUUGUUGUUCGGAGAAAUUUUGCUUUUUUCAAACUAUCGAGAAUGCAUCGCUAUGGGAUUCUUUUCUAAGAGCUUGGGAUAAUUGUUGGUGUUCAGAGAAAUUUGGUGUUCUUUAAUUAUUGAGAAUUUUUUGGGUUUGAGGAAGAUUGAGAAUAUUGUCAUGGAAUUCUUUUUUGAGAUCUUGGGAUAAUUGUUGUUCAGAGAAAUUUGCUUGUUUUAAAUUAUUGAGAAUUUUUUUAGUUUGAGGAAGAUUGAGAAUGUAUCGCCAUGGGGUUCUUUUUUGAGAUCUUGGGAUAAUUGUUGUUGUUCAGAGAAAUUUGCUUGUUUUAAAUUAUUGAGAAUUUUUUUAGUUUGAGGAAGAUUGAGAAUUUUAGGAUAAUUAUUGCUACGAGUUUGAACGUGUCUGCUAAACGAUGUCACUUAGCACCAUGGCGAAUUUCACCUGUCCUUAUUGUGCUAAAUGUUACUGAUGUUUCCAGUGAUUAUUUGACCUUUUCGUAAAAGUUAGUUCUUUAUUUUAAAUCAAUUAUUUGACCAAACAUCAAUUCUAUUAUUUACACAUUUUAAUUAAACAUUGCCUAUUAUGUUCGUCUUCGUACAAAUCGAUGGAAGUGAAACAUUAUAUUCAACUUUAUAAGGUAUUCGCUAAAUUCAAUCAAUCAUUUAAGGCAACUGAAACUGUGCUAACAACGUACAGUACGGGUCAUCGUUGCAAAAUAAAUUGAUUUGGACAAAUAUGGCUCUGAACAUCUCCUUUUCUAGGAGCAUUGCCAUUUUUGUUAGAGGAGUUUACCAAGACUUGUUUCCUUAUUUUUCAGAAUGUUGUCCUUUCUCAAAUCUGGUCUUCGAAUCCUAUAUAGGCAUCUUUUGCAAUUAUAUAUUUUCGUUUAUUCAGGUUUAAAUCGUGAUUCGUUGUUUCGAAAUUGAACAGAAACGAUAACCAUCAUAUCUAUCGUUAACAUCUGAAUGUUUAAGGAAAUAAAUCUUCUAAAAUAAAAACUAUUUUAAUGUAAGGUAUUAAUUUUUACAUUUUUAUAUAAACAAUUCAAAUAAAAGUACGUAUAAGUAUUUUAUUUCAAUUUGUUAGGCCACGAGUCGUGUAGAAAUAUACACGAAUAUGAAUAAUUAUGUUUUUACUAAUAUAUGUACUCAUAUGUAUUUAAUUUUAUAUAAUUAUAUAUAAUUAUAUAUAAAAGUAUAAUUAUGAAGUUCGAUACAUAAAUGUACGUUACGCGUGCAAAAAUAUGUUACGUACGAAUGCAACGAACAGAAUGUGAAAGUUAAAAGAAUACAAUGUAUCGCAUAUAUUAAUGGCAAUUUUUAGAUACUACGAUUACACUAAAAUCAUUUAAUUAUUCACAUAGCUUAAUUACUCGACGCAAAUUAAUUUUCAAAGAGUAGUGCUCUUUUAUUUCGAAUUUCAUAAAUAUAUAUUUAUAAGGGAACCAUUAUUUUUAACCAUGUUUAUACCUAAAAAAUCACAAGAAAUAACAGUCCUACUUCAUUGUAAAAUAAAGUACGUCAUAUCGACUGUCCAAUAUUU